ACCUGAAAAUUCACCAGGAUCCCCAUUUGUGCUCUUUUUGUGGAGAGAGUUUUUCAUGCCCACACCGUUUCAAAGAGCACCACAAAAUUCAUACUGGGAAAAUGUAUGUGUGCCUUGAGUGUGGUGAUGCCUUUUCAGGAGCUGGCAACUUGAAGAUACACCAAAGAAUCCAUAUUCAAGAAAAACCUUACAACUGUUCAUAAUGUGUAUAGAGUUACACUCAUACAGGAGUCUUGAAAACAAAUGGAGAGAAUCUAUUCCACCAGCAUUCAUGUGGGCAGAGUUUCACCACAUCAAGUACCCAGAUGACUCAUUUUAAAAAAGCAUUGUGGAAAAAUGUCUCACUGAGCUCUUUUCCAGGUUCAUCUUCAGAUCCAAUGCAUUAAAAAGUGUGAAUUUCAGGAAUAUUCCUACCAUCGGAGCAAUUCAAGCUUGAAGGACCACCUGUUUUCUCCAGGGGGCAGUAAGUGAAACUCCAACUGUAUAGGCAACACACAGCUGUGCAGAGGACAAAGCACACUUACUGAAAGCAGACAGCACAACAUGAGUCUUGUUCUUGUGUUCAAUAGUGUUGCCACUGUGUACAGUGUUACCAGUUUUACUAGGUACAAGGGACAACACCGGUGUAAGGACAGUCGAUAAGGAGGACACGGGAGGCAGGUUGCUCCACUCACAGGCAAACAGAUGAAGAUGCGGAUUGCUCAGCGGUCUCCUUCGGAUCUGUUAGAGUGUUCGGUGGAACACAGAGUAAUCUCAACUCGUCCAGCGAGAUCGAGAUUGUAUGGCCACAGUUUCAAGUCGGAUGUUACUUCCUUGUGCCACGAGGCUACACCUGAGAGCAGCGAUGAGCUGCAUCUACACACGGCAAGCAAAGUUGCUGGAAGCAAAUCCCGGAAGCAUUUCAGAGGUAUUUCUACUCCUGAUGACGUCAUGGUUGAGGGGCAUUCUGUCGUGUGCCUCAUCCUAUAGGAGUUGAGAGUUCGAUCCUUUAGUGAGCAAGGCUUCAUGGGAUUUGUAGUCUGUUUUGGACUCCCUUUGUUUGAUUUUGGCACGGUUUUUAUCAGUAAGAUUUAUGACUUUGUAUGUGGGCCUGAGUUAGGUUUUACGACUGUGUUAGGCCUGCCUUUGUCUUCUGUCUGAAUACAUGAGGCCCAACAGGGGUGACUUCCGUCCAUCUUCAACCAAGAUUUUCCCGGGUUUCGGUACCAGUGUAAGGACAGUCGAUAAGGAGGACAUGGGAGGCAGGUUGCUCCACUCACAGCCUGCACUUAGAUCCUACGUCUCCUGUCUCUCAACAUACAAGAUGGAUCUAGCAGCUUUAUAUACCCACUUGAGCCAGGCAGAUUUACCCAUAAAGGAAUACUCCCUUCGUUUCAGCGCCAUUGCCAGUGUCACAGGAUUUGCUGACUCCCAUCUCAAGUCAAUUUACCGGAUCGGACUAACAGCUCACCGGUGGAGGGAAUUGACGAAGACAGGAGACUACGCGAGGGAGGAACAUGUGAGGUUAACAUUAGAAGCUCUAGCUUCAGAGGUUCCUCUUCUCCCUACCCUGAUCCCAGAUUCCACGCCUGAGUCUGCUCCAUGCCAUGUCACAGCCAAGUCUGAGUCUGCUCCAUGCCAUGUCACAGUCAAAUCUGAAUCUGCUCCACACCAUUUCACAGCCAAGUCUGAGUCUGCUCCAUGCCAUGUCACAGUCAAGUCUGAAUCUGCUCCACACCAUUUCACAGCCAAGUCUGAAUCUGCUCCACACCAUGUCACAACCAAGUCUGAGUCUGCUCCACGCCAUGUCACAGCCAAGUCUGAGUCUGCUCCAUGCCAUGUCACAGCCACACCUGAGUCUGCUCCGUGCCUUGUCACAGCCACACCUGAGUCUGCUCCGUGCCUUGUCACAGCCACACCUGAGUCUGCUCCGUGCCUUGUCACAGCCACACCUGAGUCUGCUCCGUGCCUUGUCACAGCCACACCUGAGUCUGCUCCGUGCCUUGUCACAGCCACACCUGAGUCUGCUCCGUGCCUUGUCACAGCCACACCUGAGUCUGCUCCGUGCCUUGUCACAGCCACACCUGAGUCUGCUCCGUGCCUUGUCACAACCAUGCCUGAGUCUGCUCCGUGCCUUGUCACAACCAUGCCUGAGUCUGCUCCAUGCCAAGUCACAGCCAAGUCUGAGUCUGCUCCGUUCCCAAGUCUCUGCCCAUGUUCAUGACCACAGAGGUCGUUUCCAAGUCUCUGCCCAUAUUCACGACCACAAAGGUCGUUCCCAAGUCUCUGCCUGUACUCACAACCACAGAGGUUGUUCCCAAGUCUCUGCUGGUGUUCACGACCACGGAGGUCGUUCCCAAGUCUCUGCCCAUGUUCACAACCAUGGAGGUGGUUCCUACAAUAUAUCUUCUCUAGAAUAUAUCAAUGUAAUAUUAUCUGUGUUAUAACCAUGUUAAUGAUUAUCAAUUUAAUGUUAUUCCUGUUGUAACCAUGUGAAUGAUUAUAACAAUGCAAUUGUAUCCAUAUUAAGUGUAUCCUUAUUAUGUUUGAUCAGAUUUGCGUGUCAUUUUGAAACGCUGUCUCACAAACCCAGCAUAUUUUAUAUCUAUGUGUUUGGAAUUACAUGACCAAACUGCCAAUGUUGGACAAUUUUUGAUAGCUGACAUUUGUUUUCUGAUUAUAAAUUAAUAACUGAAAUUGAGCAUAGCCAGAACAGAAAUUAAAAGGAAUGUGAAUUAAUUCAGGAGGAGGAGCGAACUGGCUAUGCCCUCCUUCCAAGUUAACUUCUGAUUGGCUACAGCCCUUUUGGAGGGCAUGGCCCACCAGAAGUUUAAAACUCUCUGUACACAAGCAAAACAUUGAGUCUAACUUGAGAACCUGAUUUGAAGAACGAGUCUAAUUUAACGUUGAAGUGUCAAGUUUGAGUCUACAUUUUGAGCAUUCACCAUUUAGUCUUUGUUUUCCACAAAAUCUAACGCUCGUUAACAUCUUUUCUGCCGGGAACUGCCUCUGGCAACCAUAGCACUCUGGUACAACCUGUGUAGUACUACAAGACUCCACCUGGCUUAUUCAUCUGCUGAUUCUCCAUCUCCAGUUGGCUCCUCUGAACAGCACGUCACCAUCGAAUAGACUCCCAGAAGGCUGAUGCAAUGAAAGAAGUCUCCCAUCAGUGUUAAUGUUUUCACAGUUUUUUGUUUUAGUCAUAGUUUUAGUCUUUUGACAAAAAUGUCCUUUAAAAUUAGUCAAUAUUUCGUCAUCUCAUAUUCAUUAGUUUUAGGCAGUUUUAGUCUGACAAAAAUUACAUAUCAUUUUAGUCAAAGAAAAUAAAAUAUUUUAGUUGACGAUGAUGUGCAAAAUGGACAAAAAAUGUCAAACUGUAACAGACCAAACUUUAAUCAAAUAUUCAAACAUUUCGGUAUCAAACUUAACUAUACUAUACUAUUGUUACACCUGCGGUGCCUGCUACCUCUCCUGUACGCUGCCAGAGUUCGCCAUCCCCUGAGUAUUAAUAUCUCACGAACUACAUUUCCCAUAAUCCUCCGCUCAGACUGAUUACUCUCACAUCUGUAUCACAUUAACUCUGGUUAUUUAAGUUCCCUGUUUUCUCACAUUCAGUGCGAAGUCUUGUUUGCCUUGUCAACAUUUCUGAGCGUUAUUUACCCAUGACUCUUAUUGUUUUGACUCCUGCCUGUUUCUCGUGUUUCCCAGCCAACUUGUGAGUUUUUGUGGAUUUAUUGCCUGUUUACCGGAUUACACCUCUGCCUGUCGGAUUUACUUUGUUUGUUAGCCUUUCUGGACUGUUUACCUGUGCAUCGAACUAUUGCUUGCCUUUUUUUAUUUAUUUUUUUUAUUUUGCUACUUUUGUUUUAAUAUUUAUACUGUUAAUAAAACUGCACAUGGAUCUUAACACACCUGCCUCGGCUCCUCGCUUAUUGCCUACUGUCCUUGUGAAAUAAAGGAGCUUGUAAAAUAAUAAUGAAUAGACUGAAGUAUUAGCUACUUUUUAGAAGUUAGCCUACUGUAACUAAUCCUUCAUACUUUAGAGAGUUAUUAAUUUUCUGUGAAAGGAUAUUACAUUGCAUGUAGCGUGUUUCUUACGGAAAGUGUAUUCACAAAGCAAGUUACGCAACGAAAAUUAUGCAUAUUCUGACUAGCCUGUUCAUUGUGCAGGUGUAAGUUGUUAUAUUACAUAUAUGUUGUGGAUAUACAUUACUACAGUGAUUUAAUGUAUAAAUAGGAUGCAUUUGAAUUAGGUAUUUACCCCGUUUUAAAGUUAAUUUUGUCUGUGUUCAACUCACACAGCUCAAGAGGAGAAAUCCCCAAUUAUUAAUGGUUUAGAUGAAUCUAUAUCGGUAUCGCGGUAUCGCAGCAUCAGGACCCGCACCAGCCGACUCCAUGAUAGCUUCUUCCCCCAAGCAAUCAGACUUUUGAACUUUUGAUCUCUCACGAUCAAAAUACAUCAGCCCUGCACUUUAUUACUCUUUUAUCUCACACCGGACUGUCAUAAAUUAUAUUACUAAUAUUAUGUCUCUCUUAACAACUG